CCCCCCCCCCCACCUCUCUCAUUCUUCUUUCUUCUUCCUCUAACCCAUUUCGUACAUGCUCUUCAAGAGCUGUUUGAAGAAGAUUUUCGAAAAGAAAAAUAAAUGAAGAAAAAAUCCCAAAAUCGGAUCCAAAGAGCUAAAGAGGAGGAGCUUUCUGAAAUUUAGGCUUCUAGGUGUCUCUUGGAGAGUCAAAAUCACUGCUGCUCAACGUUGAAGUUGCUGUUAUUUGCAUGUCUGAUUUCUCUCCGAUUUUCUGACUUCUGUUUGGGUUUAUUUCCUUCUCCUUGUCGAAGUUUAAGAAUGGCAUCUAUUGGACAACCACAGUCAUCUUUGAAGAGACCUAGUCCUGCAGUUAACAGAGAAGGAGAUAAACUCAUUAUCACUCCUUUAGGGGCUGGGAAUGAAGUGGGACGGUCCUGCGUUUACAUGUCUUUCAAAGGAAAAACAGUCUUGUUUGACUGUGGCAUUCAUCCAGCUUACUCAGGCAUGGCUGCUUUGCCGUAUUUUGAUGAAAUUGAUCCUUCAACUAUUGAUGUUCUUCUAAUAACCCAUUUUCACUUAGAUCAUGCUGCCUCCCUUCCUUAUUUCCUCGAAAAGACUACAUUUAAAGGGCGCGUAUUUAUGACUCAUGCAACAAAGGCCAUAUACAAGUUGCUUUUGUCAGAUUAUGUUAAAGUGAGCAAAGUUUCAGUUGAAGAUAUGUUGUUUGAUGAAAAUGAUAUUAGUAGCUCCAUGGACAAAAUUGAGGUUGUCGACUUCCAUCAGACUAUGGAAGUAAAUGACAUUCGCUUUUGGUGUUAUACUGCCGGUCAUGUCCUUGGUGCUGCCAUGUUUAUGGUUGAUAUUGCUGGUGUUCGAGUUCUCUAUACAGGAGACUACUCCCGUGAAGAAGACAGGCAUCUCCGUGCUGCUGAGACCCCAGAAUUUUCUCCAGAUAUUUGCAUUAUAGAAUCAACUUAUGGUGUUCAACUCCAUAUGCCACGUCAGAUAAGAGAGAAGCUUUUCACUGAUGUGAUACACUCAACACUCAUGCAAGGGGGUCGGGUGCUGAUUCCUGCUUUCGCCUUGGGACGUGCACAGGAACUUCUCCUUAUCCUGGAGGAAUAUUGGUCUAACCAUCCUGAACUUGCUAAUUUCCCCAUAUAUUAUGCUUCUCCACUUGCAAGAAGGUGUAUGGCUGUCUAUAUGGCAAGCCCAGGUAGUCUUCAAAGUGGUUUGUCAAGGCAGCUGUUCGAUAAAUGGUGCUCUGACAAGAAAAAUGCUUGUGUUAUACCUGGGUAUGUGGUGGAAGGGACCUUGGCGAAGACUAUCAUCAAUGAACCGAAGGAAGUCACCUUACAAAAUGGCUUGAGUGCUCCACUUAAUAUGCAGGUUCAUUAUAUUUCAUUCUCAGCUCACGCGGAUUAUGCUCAGACUAGUACCUUCUUGAAAGAACUUAUGCCUCCCAACAUAAUUCUAGUCCAUGGAGAGGCUAAUGAGAUGGGAAGGCUCAAGCAGAAACUUACCUCCCUCUUUGCUGAUGGCAAUACUAAAAUAAUUACGCCCAAGAACUGCCAAUCAGUUGAAAUGCACUUCAACUCUGAGAAAAUGGCUAAAACUGUUGGAAAGCUGGCUGAAAAG